ACUGCUGGAGACAGAAAGGGAGAGAGAUAGAAUAAGCCAUAUUGAUGGUAGCGCUAAACAUGUUAAAAAAACUUUUUUUCCCUGAGGGAUAGGGAGCUCCUGACUAAGGGGUAUAACAUUUAAAAGGGACCAUUAUCAGCAUCAUCACUUCGCUCACUUCUCAUAAAUGAAUUCUGCCUACCACGUUUACGGUUGUUUUGUGACCGAGACUAAUUUUUCGGUUUUGUUUAUGACUCCCUUAUGUGACUGCCUUGUUAUUGCAGUUUUUUAAAAAAUAUAAAUUAAAUUAUAAUAACUCUAGCUAGCACUUGUGGAUGCUAAGCUCUACCACUGACAAUGUAAACCAGUAUUGUGCACUGAACAGUUAUUCUUUGCUACUACCACAGCUUACUCAGCAGAAGAGCUCGCCCAUAUUAAAAACUGUAUUGGUGUGUGAAACUGCCUGCAGCACGGGGUCUACUUGCUGAAAUGGCUUCACUUUGCGGACAGUGUGUUUACUUUCCUGGUAAGUCCCAUACUGCUCCGCACUGCCUCGCGGUUCUGCCAGUGUUGAUACCACAGUCGGGCAUCCCAAGGUACUGUGAAGAGAGGAAACAGCUCACCCUAAUGAGCAGGCAGGGAGACACAAACAGGUGGUCUAUAUUCUACAAGUGAAGGCACGGAUUAUCUGUCAAAGAAGCUGGAUGCAAGCCGAACAAAAUCAACGUCAACUUUCAGGGCUGAAAGAAGACUCAGGACAGAAACGGGCUAUUCGCGCAGACCUUAUACGCCUAGUUUGAUGUUUACCUAAAGGCUAUUUAUUACACCAACUUUUCACCUCAUCUGGAUGCACUCUGGAGACAUGCCCCAACUAUUAAUACAGGCACGAAACUGAAGACUGCGUUUCUGUGAAAUGAAAUGAUACAAUGAUACUAAUCUGCCUGAGAAAGCCGAAUAAUUACAGAACUGAUAAUUUAUUUAGAGCUACCUGCCAGCUUUGGGAGUCGUUGCUACCAAACUCCACGAAAAGCGUCCACUCAACGGAUUUUGUCAAGCUCGGAGGAAUGGUACAUUAAGUAUGUAAUUUCUGAAACAGAUAAAAUGGAAAACAGCAGCUACAACGAUUUUCAUGACUGUAGUUUGACACUUAGUAACAUUAACACGUUUCCGAAAGAAAACUUUAGUUUUCCGCGUUGUUUUCAGUUCUGAUAAAUGUUAUUAAAGGAAGACACCUACAGUUUGAUAUUGCUACCUGUCUUCCUUUAGGGUGGACAGUUUAUAGAAGUUUGUGCUCGUUAUAACUUUUCAUUCCUUGGUGCGCUGCUUGGUAAUAAUGGUUAACAGUUAGUGAUACGGCGGACUGGGGUGACCAGGAUUAUCGCAACGCCAUGAGUGCAACCAAUUUCUCCCCAGAACUCACCCAAGAUUACAUUAAUUACAGUGUGUGUGUGGUGCAAAACGGAUGGAAGUUGCCCUAUGCGCCACAAGCUGCAGCUGUUAUCGCAACAGUCGUCGUUUUUCUUAUUCUUUUCACAAUAUUUGGGAACGUUUUGGUUAUAAUUGCUGUAUUAACCAGUCGUGCUCUCAAAGCGCCUCAAAAUCUAUUCCUAGUUUCCCUGGCCGCAGCUGACAUUUUGGUGGGCACUUUGAUUAUACCAUUUUCUCUGUCAAAAGAGUUGAUGGGCUGCUGGUACUUCAAGGACAUCUGGUGUGAAAUUUUCUUGGCCCUAGACGUACUGUUCUGCACGUCUUCCAUUGUGCACUUGUGCGCCAUCAGCCUGGACAGGUAUUGGUCAGUUAGCCGGCCCAUUGAGUACAACUCUAAAAGGACCCCCAAACGAAUUAAAUGCACCAUACUAAUUGUGUGGCUUAUCGCUGCCUUCAUCUCAUUCCCUCCUCUCAUUUCUAUGAAUAAGACUGGCACUGGGACUGAGAAGGAACAAAGUGCAAUCCAGUGUCACUUGAACGAUGAGAGGUGGUAUGUCUUGUCAUCCAGUAUCUGCUCCUUUUUUGCUCCUUGUGUGAUUAUGAUUCUUGUCUAUUUAAGAAUUUAUCAAAUAGCAAAACGGAGGAGCAGGCGGCACUCGGCCAACAGGGAAAUGCAGGGUACGAGCCACGAUCCUAACAAAGAAGUGCAGGACAGUCCCUGUGCGGAACUUUCUUACCAGCCGCAGCACGGAAUUCCUUCGGGAAAAAACUGUCACCAGACAUGCUCACACUUGGGUGUGCAUCAACCCUGUGGAGUCUCAGAAAGAACAGAGCUCACUGCACUCAAUGACCAGCAGAAAGGGGGAACAGACAGUUGUAUCACACCCGGUCAAGAUUAUACUGACCCCAAGGAACUUGGUUUAAUGAACAAUGGAAAGUCACAGGAAUGCAUAAGGUUUGUGGACACAGUAGCUACUUCCCAAGGAGACUAUGUGAAGACGGAAAGACUUCCAACUCAAUAUCCUCUGAAGAAAAAGGCUGUUUGGAAUAGAGAGACGAGGUUUACGUUUGUUUUAGCCGUGGUGAUUGGAGUGUUUGUGUUGUGCUGGUUCCCUUUUUUCUUCUGCUACAGCCUAACUGCCAUCUGCCCAGAGACCUGCACUGUACACAAAGAUGUAUUUAACUUUUUCUUUUGGAUUGGUUACUGCAACAGCUCUCUCAAUCCAGUCAUUUAUACUAUUUUCAAUCAAGAUUUUAGGAAAGCUUUCAAAAAGAUCCUUUGCAAAGUGCGCACCCCCACUCCAUUCUGACAAGUAAGGCUAGUGUGCCUACCACAAAAGAGAGGUGAUACAUCUUACAUUGGCGAUGGACCGACACAUAGCCUUACCGUAUAUGUGUUUUUCACCAAAGCAAUGGAAACAGCUGAAGUGUUGCUCAGUGGAAAUUGGACACACAGUAGUAUAUUUCCUUACUAACAUUUCUGUGAGAUAAAAGAUAAAGUUUUGGUAACUUUAUUGCUUUCCUAAGACAACUGUUUAACCUGCAGGGAAAACAGACCCUAUAUACCUCAAUGAAAUUUUGUUUUACUUUAAACUUUUUUUGCUUUAAUACUAAAGCUUGCUUUCUAUGGGAAAACACAUUUGUAUGCAUUGUAUUACUUGGGCUUUUUGCACCGCCUAACCCUUAUUGUUAGCAUGUUUUCCUUUGAGAUUCUCAGUGCACUUGAGUUCAGUUUACUUGACUUAAAAGGAGACAAUAGGUGGGAACACACUGCACUUACAUCUGAUAUAGGUCUUUCAUUGGAUGCAAGUAACAUUCAGAGGAUGCCUUUCAAAAGAUGCAAAUGUGCUUUGCCUCAAGGAUGUAGUGUUAAUACCUGCCCAAGUUUUCACAGGACUGUCCUGCUGUCCUGUGUAUGUUAGGGGGUUGGAAAAACUGUAAAUGCCUUAAUGUUAUAACACUUUGAUAGAAAACAUUUCCACGUUUUCUCUAAAUAUUGUGACAAACAAAGGUCUUUUAUCUGUAACACCUUACUAUGACAUGAAAAGAUACAACUACAGUUCUACAACAUUUGGUCUUAAUGUUGAUAAUAAAAUUAUAAUUUAUAUA